AUGGAAGGUACGAUCAUUGCUUGUCUAUAGUUUUUAGUAUAAUUUUAUUCCCCGUUUUUUCGCGAUCGAUCGACUGCCGCCAUUAUGUCGCUGAGAAACGCCGCUCGGAAGCUGCUGUUGUCGCGCUCACGAAUCUUCAGCGCUGGCAACACUCGGACGCCGCAACAGCAGCCCCGCCGGUCCGUUGGUGCGUACGAGAAUGACGGCAAAACGUACGUGUCCAUGUUGAACAACAACAACAUCCGGGAAGGCAUCAUGAUUUCCGGUUACAGCCAGUACGGUUUCCGGCUGAACAACGGGUUCACGGUGCUCGGACCGGUCGUGUGCUUCGCCAACUCGAUUAUGGCCUGGCGGGUAGAAAACGACCGGGACGUGAACGUCGACUCGCUGUCGAUGCUGUUCCACCUGGAACCCGCGCCUUCCGUCAUCGUGCUGGGCCUGGGCGACUCCACGCAGCGGAAUCGCCGCGACGACAACCACCGGAAGUUGCAGUUGCACCGACAGCAAUUCGACAAGGUGGUAUGGGCAGCGGCCCGUCAAUACGGAUGCACCGUCGAGAUACUGCCGGUGGACGCGGCGUUGGCCACGUACAAUUUCAUCAUCAGUGAGGGCAGGAACGCGGUCGGCGCGUUCAUACCACCGCGGUUCAUACCGGCGAUGGAUGACGACGCGAUCACGGCCAACGCGCGUCACAUCCAUCUGUAUGGCGAGAGCGUGCCGGUCACCGACGUUUGGGAAGAUGCAGAUGAGCGCAGCGAGCUGAUAAACGCCAACUACCGGGAGUUUGGCGAGGUUGUUGGCGCGCAGAAGGCGGCCGAGCACGAGAGGCGGGCGAAACUAGCCAGAGACCGGAAGCCGGGCGAGGAACCCGAAAAGAAGAUCCGGUGAUCUUCGACCAACGCGUCUGUAUCCUGUGCCGCCUUUGUUGUAGUUUACCGUCGUGUUAUAAUAGCGUACCGUUUACUACUGUCGAGACCGAAUCUGCUGUUAUUCCUGACUACGGGAAUAUUGUUGUUGUAAAAAUAUAUAUAUAAUUUAUUUGUUUGCCUUCAUUCAACUAUAUUCGUAUAUAUAGAUCGGUAAACUUUGAAACAAUA